GGAGGCGCGAGCAGGGCGGUGCGGGAUAGAGGUGAUCUCCAGAUAUGAACCCGUAAGGUGUCGGAAUUAAUGCCUUUUGCUGCUCAUACAUCAACUAUGCAGACAGGUGUGCUCAUGGAGUGUCACCUGGACCAGCUGGUUCCACGUGUUCUGUCUCUGACCCUGCUGGUACACCUGUGCCUGGCUGCACCAGGUCUUCCAGGAACACAGAGGGAGGAAUCAGUAGAUGCCCAUCCCCCUUCUGCAGCACUACCCAAUCCCUUUGGCUCUGGAGAGGAGGAACGUAGUUUGAGACAGAGUUACAUUCAAUCAAGCCUGAAGAAUGGAGGACAAGGAGGACCAGAAAUCACCACCUGGGAACAAGAGGUAUUCUUCCUGUUUGGCCUUUAUGAUUAUGAUCGCAGUGGGUUCUUAGAUGGCUUGGAGAUGAUGAAGCUCCUCUCAGAUUUUAACUCCCAUCAUAUACCUGGAGCAGAGGCCAGUGAGCAGGUGGUUUCUAUGGUAGAUUUCUUACUACAGACUCAGGAUCUAAACCAGGAUGGUCUGUUGGCUCUAUCUGAACUGCUCUCCCCUUCACUCACUCACACACAGGACCCAAGCAACAACAAUCCACCUCAGCAGGAGCAGGAAGCAGUAGUGAAGGAACAGCUAUCAAACGCUAUUGCUAACGUGGACAGUGUCGGAGCAGUGGAGCAGAGAGAGGAACAGAUUCGUGAAGAGAUUCAGCUUCAAGAGGACGUAAAAGGAAAGGAAGUUGAACCCAUAAGGCAAAUGGAUGAAUAUGAGAGACAUCAAAUCCCAGAAGUCACAAUAGAAGAUCUGGGCCAGGACCACAAUAUCCCUGUACAUCAGGGCCAACCAGAGAUAUAAAACGACACACAUUAACACACUAGAGAAAACACCACUCUGUCAUCUAGGCCUCAGCCUCUUAAGUACUGUAUGGGAGAGCUUCUUAAUCAGCAUCCCCCAAAAUGGUCCCCUUCUGGAUCUGAGUUCUGAGUUUCUGCUAAUGUACAAUUCACUGGACUGUUAAACAUGUAGAUGGGUGGUCAAAAGGUCUUUCUGGUCAAAAUAUUCCUGCCACUGUAUUGGGAUGCUCAAUGAUUCCCGGAGCUUUUAAGGGGUUAAAGGCAGAAUGUAAUAUUAGUUGCAACAAUAAAACAGAAGCCAUGAUUAAAAGAGACUUUUUCAUUAUUUUUUUUUAAGUUGGAAAAUGUGUAAUUGAAUUUAUUUACCAUUUAUUUACCAUUUUCUGCCAUGAUUAUUUAAUGUAUUUGUUUGCUUUAUACCACCAGUUUAUGAGCUACUGCAUCAUUUGACUGGAUGUUACUUGGAUGUUUCCUCCUCCCCAAAUGUCAGUAGACACUGUGGAUUCAUGUACAUGUGGAUGGUGGACUUUCUGCACUUUUAGCUGUUUUUUUUAAUGUUUCAGAUUCACAGUUGGUUCAGCUGAAAUUAAAAUUCGCUCUCCUUAAUAUUAUGUCAACAAGUAAAAUGAGUACAUAUUGAAUUCACUAGACAAGGAGUAUGAAAGAAAAUAAUCUUUAUGGUGGCCCCACUGAAAUAAAAUGAAAAGUAAUGUAAAAUGCUAUCAUUAUCUACAUACUUGAAAUGUUUUAGUGUGAA